AUGUUAUGUUAUGGUGAGAUAAAGACAGCGUUAUUAGAUGUGACCAAAGAAUGUCAUUCACUAUGGGAAGAAAACAAAGAAAUGCAAGCUCGAUUUGUAAAUGAUCUGACUGAGUUGCAUCGAAUACAACUUGCUGUCAAUCAACUUGAAAAUGAUCAUAGAGAAGAUAAAUUAACGCAAGCAAGAGCAUCUAUGAGUAGUAUGCAACAACGAGCUAGCCAGUUAUACAGUGCACUCAUGGAAAAGCGGUGCUCAUUAACGCAGAAGCUGAAUGAUGGAGUUCAUAACAUUGCCGUCCUACAAAAUCAAUUAAUUAGUGAAUGUCUUUAUGAUUGGAAGAAUCGGCAGAAACUUCAACAGGUUGGUGUGUCGUUUGAAAGACGUGAUCAGCUGAUCGAUGAAAUACAAGCAGAAUUUGAAUUACUAGCAGAGCAAAAUUGGCAACUGAGAACAUAUGCGUGUUGGCAAAUGGAUUUGCUUCGUCGAGGUCCACAAAUGAAUGGACAAAUGGCUCAGACACAUGUUACCAAUUUAAAUUCUGUACUAGACAAUCUAACAAAACUUUUGUGUAUGUUGGUUUCCCAAAGCUUCGUUGUUGCUGUUCAACCUGAACCAGUUUUGAAAACUCAACAUAAAUUUUUUGCUGAAGUAAGGCUUCUUAUUGGCGACAAAUUGGGUAUCAAACAGCAUCUAGUCAAUACUAACGUCACUGUUCGCAUUAUUGCUGAAGAAGAAGCUCGAUUAUUGAGUACUGCGCAGCUUUCUGAAAAAGAUGUCAAAACAGUAGGUUCCAUUAGCAAUGAUUUCGAAAAAAUGACUACAGACGACAAGGGGCACAUGUCUGCAAAAUUCAGCAAUUCUAAGCUCACACGUAUUGCACAUCGUAAGCCACCACCAAAAGGAGGACAAGGGGAUGCCAAAGUCUCAGUUAAUUUACAAACAGCUACAGAUCAGAAAUAUGCAUUACUAUUUCAUAUCACGCCAUUCCAACUUGGUAAUCUUGGGAAGUUUGAUGUUUGGACGUUAUCAUUACCAAUUAUGGUUACAGUUCAUGGAAGUCAGGAUUGUGAUGCGCAAGGAGCUGUACUUUGGCAGAGAGCUUUCUCAGAUGUGAAUCGUACGUCUUUGUCGUCAGAUAUUGGCGCUGUUUCUUGGAGAGAUCUGUCUCAAGUUCUUCGUCAUAAGUUUGCGAUGAUUACUGGUGCAGAAAGGAUAGUCAGUGAUUCAGAUCUUUCUUACAUGGCGGAAAAACUGAAUAUUUCAGGUGAUGAAGAAAAACAAAUUAUAACUCUACAUCGGUUUGCAAAACAAAAUUUGCGAGAUGAUGUGAACUUUUCGUUUUGGGAGUGGUUUUUCGCAAUCAUGCAGCUUAUCAAGCACAAACUUUUAAAGUUCUGGAAUGAAGGGUGGCUCAUCGGAUUUAUAAGUAAACAAGAUGCAUCGUCACAAAUGGUUAGUGCUCCUCAUCUCACGUUUUUACUUCGUUUCAGUGAUACUCAAACAGGAGCUGUCAGUAUUGGUUUUGUUUGCGAUGAUGAGGACCGCAAAGUACCUUUCCAUCUUUCUCCAUUCUCUAUAAAAGAUCUCGAUCAGUUAUCUCUGGCUCAGCGUAUUGCAUCGUGUCCUCAAUUGAAAGAUAUUAAAUAUUUAUAUCCCGAUAUUGAUAAAGACGACAUGUUGCGAUAUUUUGAAAGUGAAGAAAGGCAGAAAUCGUUAUCACCAACAGGCUAUAUUCAAUCAGAAAUUGUUAUGGUCGCAAAAACUGGCGGGAAAACAGUUUGUCCAGUUGGUGGCGAUAGUCCAUUAUCAUCUCUCUCUGCACAAACGAAGCUAGAUUGGUCUCCUGGAGAAACCUUUGCUCGAACUCAAUCCACAGAAAUCAUUGAAAAUUACAAUAAUGAAGAAGUGAUAUCGAUAUUGUCAAUCAGUUCUGACAAUGAUAUUGAAGCACUGCUUGGACCAGGUUUCUAUCCGCAGUUUCCCAAUCAACCUCUCCAAUUAGUUGAUCUUUCGCAUGUACAUGAUUCCAGCUGUGUGCAAAAGAAUUCUAGCGACAGUAUGGAAGAGUAA